CACACACACUCACUUGUACCUACUCCUCCAAUCCUCAGCAGCCUAACGGAGAUACACUCGACCACGCAAAUCUGUGAUUCCGGGGACCGGAGCAGCAGACGACACCACAGGUGAUGGCAGGGAUGAAAGAGCAGCAGUUCCCAGAGGAAAAGCCUUUACUCCCUGAGCAGAGAGGAAUCCAUUCAGACAUGGAGAAAGGAGAAGCAGGGGAGCGGUCCAGCCCUGCGAGCCCCAAGGCCUUUAACAACACUCCGCCCCGCAGCCGUCCCACUCACCGCUGGCACGUCAUUGCACGGCACUGGCUCCGCAAGACCCGCUGUCGGACCAACGAGAUCCUUCCGGACAACGAUGAACAGCUGAUGCCCGCGGGCGACUGGAAGGAACAUGAUGUUGAGACUCCUUUCGGGAUGCUGCAUGUUGUGAUCCGUGGAGCGCCCAAAGGAAACAAGCCUGCUAUCCUCACCUACCACGAUGUGGGACUGAACCACAAGCUGUGCUUCAACACUUUCUUCAGUAAUGAGGACAUGCAGGAGAUCACCAAGCACUUUGUGGUUUGCCACGUUGACGCCCCGGGACAGCAGAUUGGAGCAUCGCAGUUCCCGCAAGGGCACCAGUAUCAAACUAUGGACCAGUUGGCUACCAUGUUACCUACUGUAGUGCAGCACUUUGGAUUCAAGAGUAUCGUUGGGAUUGGAGUUGGAGCUGGAUCAUACAUCCUGGCCAAAUUUGCGCUGAUGUUCCCUGACCUGGUGGAGGGUUUGGUUCUGCUCAACAUCGAUCCCAAUGGUAAAGGCUGGAUUGACUGGGCAGCAUCCAAGCUUUCAGGACUGACGAGCACCCUGCCAGAUACAGUAUUGCCACAUCUUUUCAGUCAGGAGGAACUGAUGAACAACACAAAGCUGGUGCAGAGCUAUCGGCAACAGAUCAACAACAGCAUCAACCAGUUCAACCUGCAGCUGUUCUGGAGCAUGUAUAACAGCCGUAGGGACUUGGAGAUGAACCGCAGUGGGACUGUACUUAAUGCCAAAACUCUGAAGUGUCCAGUUAUGUUGGUUGUGGGAGACAAUGCCCCAGCAGAGGAGGGCGUGGUGGAGUGUAACUCCAAACUUGACCCAACCAACACCACCUUCCUCAAGAUGGCUGACUCUGGUGGACUCCCCCAGCUGACACAGCCCGGCAAGCUCACUGAGGCGUUUAAGUACUUCCUACAAGGAAUGGGCUACAUCGCUUCAGUGAAGGAUCGGAGGUUGAGUGGAGGGCCAGUGCCCUCCGCCAGUAUGACCCGCCUGGCUCGCUCCCGGACCGCCUCCCUGACCAGCGCCAGCUCCUUGGAAGGGUCGCGCUCUCGGGCCUGCGUCCACUCUGACAGCACGGAGGGUGUCGGCUCCGUUGCCCAUACCAUGGAGGUGUCCUGCUGAAGUGUCAGAAAAGGAAAGGUGGUGAAAAGGGUAUUGACGACGUGAUGAUGGUGGCAAAGACAGGCCUGGCUGUUUUUGUGUACAGUAUGUCCUUCAGAUGCUUUGCUACGGUGUCACAUAGCGUAUGAUGUACUUGCUAAUACCCACCUGAAACUCAACCCUGUUGGCCAGCACUUACACUUUUACUUUGACUAUCUGGUGUUUGUGUUGGUAACUGUCUCCUCAAUGUACCCCCUCCUCAAACCCCUCAACCACAACCAGCAAUAUUCCAUAUUGACCUGCUGAUGAGCGACGUCAGGAGAAUGUGAUGAAUGCAGGGUGUUGCAUGUAUCGAAGCCCACAUGCAGACACAAAAAGGGCUUUUGUUUAAGACUCCGCCGAUAGCUCCUUGAGCAAGUGGAACUUUAUUAGCAAGCGUGCAACAGAAUCAAAUUUUAGCAAUUUUUCUCUCAUGUGCCAGUCAGUUUUAAAGUCCUUGAUCCAAAGUUUGGCUCCUUCGCACACAUGUAUUGGCAGGUGAUCGUAUAGAUUAGGCUACUAGUGACUACGGCCAUAGCUAACAUUUGGUUAACUCUGACAUUGGAAGAGACUAACAUUUUUCAACAGAUUCCUAAAAACAAUAGAGUGCUGCUAUAUAGCGGGUCUUUGAUUAGCUUCUUGUCGUAAGUCCUUGAAAACAGCAGCUUUUGUGGGCACUUCAGAUCUCUUGGGCAACCCCAUUUGUCAUUGGGACCACUUGGGUUCUUUAGGGACCUUCCCCAAACCCUUCCUGGGCCUGAAUGGGUUUAAUUCGGACCUUGUAGAUACGAAGAAAAAACGAACUAGAUUUAGGGUUGGAAAAAAAAGUACCUUUUACCUGUGAGAUAGGACGGAUCUAGUCUGAGCGCUUAGUACCGGAUCAAAAGUAUGUAUCCUCUACUGACAAGAUUGGUUUCACUCUCCAGUUGAAGCCUGGUUUAUACUCUUGCAUCACGUAGCUGGCGCCAGAGUACCCUCCCGCAAACCCGCAGAGCAGUGAUUGGUCAACUUUUGCCGAGGAGGGAACCUAUGCACAGGAGAGCAGACAUUGUGCUAGAAACACAAAUUACUCUAGAAAAUAAAGCAACAGUGAUUGAACAUUUGCAUGCAAACUGAUAUUGUGUAGUUAAUAUCUCGAUGUGCUGUAAAAAUAAUUACCGAAUGUGUCGUUUUUCAGCAUGUUGUGUUGUAGCGCCCAGAAGAGAUCACACAAAGUACGAUGUUGUUUUUAACUUUUAUUGUCAAUCUUGUGCUAACUGCAGGUUCAAUUGCAACAUACCGGUAUAUUCUUUCUCGUGCACACACGUCUUUUACUUUCACACACAACAUUUUGUCUUUGUCAAUCAUCUUUCAGGCAUGGGAAAUUUCCAAACGUGAGCUAUAAACAUAAACACAUAAACAUAAACAUCAGCAAGUUAUUACAAUCGUUAUUUAACAUUUGUGUUUAUUUUAAAUUACAUAGCUCUCUCUUGUCCAAUGUCACGAACGGCCGAAUAGAGAUGCAAAUUUGCCCGUCCUCUGCCUGUCCACCUUCGCGAACGUCUUCUCUUCAAGUUCCGAAGCAUUGUGAACACUGAAAGUGACCGUUGCUUCAAAAGAAUUAGUUCUAGCUCCAACGUUAAAGUGGAUGUCGCUUCAGAUGCCAUUAUUUACAAGUUCCCAACCACUACUACACGCACUAUCUCUCUCAUCUCUCUUUCUAAUGAAGAUAGUCAACAAGAAUGGCAGAUGCUCACACAUAAAACACUGCUCCCUAGGGUUUAGGAAGAGAAUUGCCAGUUACACGCCAGCCUCCACGGAUGAGCUGUAAACAAACUACAGGGGAACGCAAGCUACGUGACGCGAUAAUAUACAUCAGCUUUAAGCCAGAGAGCAUGAACUAAUGAAGCCUGUCUUUUAAGAUAAACUAAGCAGUCCAGUUGAGAUUCAUUCUCGGAAAGUUUGGUCACGCACUAUCGUAAUUUCAGCUGUGAUUAAACUUGUAAUUUUUGGUCCUGUUAAAACGCACCAGGUUAAAAUUUGGUCAAGCGUGACUGCAAUCUAAGGUAAUUUUGAAUUGUACCAAACAAGCGGAUCAAGACCGGGUCUUGGUUUGCUUGUGCUGCAGUGUCAACGCCAAUUAUACCAGUUACACCAAAAAGCUGAUGUGAUGUCGCCAGGCGAGACCAGGCUGUGGUUAGUAAAACCCAACAGAACGCUGAGGUUACAUCGAAAUGACACCAUAGAAGCAAUAGUCCUGCAAUCGUUGUUUUAGAUGAGUUGCGUCAAACAAUGUUCACUUCACAUAUGUCAUCCAAUCAAGGCACAGCUUUUUGCAAAUGCUAUAAUCUGCAUUAUUUAGUCCAGACAAAAACACAUGCGUCAACGCAAAUGCUAAAGUUUGGUCGGAUUACCAAACUACAAGUCUGAAUGCACCCUAAAAGUGUGAUGGCAAGAGGCGGUCAACAAAGUAUGGUAAAAAAACACUGUCAGGUGGAAGAUAAAAGGGGGUAAUAGUAAAAAGAGGGAAACGUUGACACAGGGCGCAGAAAGUGGAGGUCGAUAAAGACCGGCAAGUGUUUUGAAGAACCCUAAAUGUACGAUCCGGCGUCUUCCUGCUGCAGCCGCUGCUAAAGAGAGGCACUACUUGCCUAGUGCCUGUGGGGUGUGCUUCGUUGUCUGGUCUAAUGGGGUAAUAAGUCAGGGCAUCUGGAGUGGAAACAGGAAAGAGUAGACAAGAAGUAGACAAGUACUUGGCAUAUUUGAGUGUCUGUCUUUGCUCGUCACUGUUUUCGCCCAGAAUUUGACACGAGAGCAGAACACAGCCAAGUGUAUGAAUACUGCUUAGUAUUCUGUUCUGUGUACUAACACGUACACAGAACCGCUUUAAGCUCUACUUGGUUAAGCUAACAGUAUUUAUUGAGUCAUAUUCUUUUUUCUUUCCUAACAGCUUAGGUCAAAUAUUUAUUUCAAAUUGAUAUAAAUAAAAAAAUAAAAUUUUCCUUAUUUUACCACUAUCUCAUCCCUUUCAAGCCUGUUCCAUUCUGCCAGAAAAAGACCCUGCAAACAAUAACAUUUGAGUGUGCAUGUACGAGAUGUACUUGGAUGAAGUUAGGCUGUGAAAGAAAAUACUUUGAAGGUUAGUGUAGAUUUAAAAAUGUACGUAUAUUUACUGCUGGAUAAGUUUAAAAGUUGUAGUGAUAGAGGAAUGACACUUGUAGUGUUGGAAGGGCUUAGUGUUAGCUUUCAAACGCUGCUAAGCUUCUUACAUUAUUGUUUUGUUUAAUGAAAUGAUUAAUGUCAUACUGUAUGCUUCUCUCUGACGACUUGCUUUUUUUUAAGUGCAUGUGCUUGGAAUUGUCUUCGGUUUUCAUGAAAUAAGUGCAGGUGAGCUUUUAGCGGACAUUCUCCCCGUUAUCUGGAUGUUUUGCAUGUGUGUAUUCAUACAAGUGUUGUACUGGGUAGUGUUGUUGAACAGCUUAAAUACACAUUAUGGGCCUGAUCUACUAAGAUCCAAAUACCAUGAGCUAAACAGCAUGAGCAAACUAUAAAAUUGUGUGUACCAUUCGUGGGCAUGUUGCGUGUGAUCUAGUAAGACUGCAUGUAGAAUAGAAAAGUGGUGCAGACCGUCCGUCUUAUUUAAAUUAGGUUUUUGCGUGUACUGUGUGGCUUUCACCACUCGAUCAUUUACAUUAUAGAUGCACUGCAGUCAUGCAGUGCAUCUACAAUGGAAACCAUUUUUUUCCCUUGUUUUUAACACGCUGAAGUUGCGCUAAUGGGAGAGUCUGGCACUAACGGCGAGUGUACGCUCCAGAGUCCAGACGCAAGAAAAUGCAUAUUGCAAGAAUGUUUUUUCACAUAGGAGAUAUGUCAAUAAUAUAUCUGUUACAUGAAAAACAGAUGUGUUUCAAACGCCAGCAGACACCAAAAUGCAUCAAUUGAAUUCGUUUUAAUCAACCUCUUAAGUCAUCCAGCAGCUAUGCAAUUACAAAAUAAUAUUAGUGAUUAGACAAUAUGUCUAAUAUUUUUUUUUUUUGACAGUCUAUGUUAAGUAUAUGAAGGACAGAGCUGCUGCGCAAUUGCCUCCGUUCUCAUAGCCGUCAGUAUGUGCAAACUUUCUCAGUUUGUACAGAUGUGCUAAAUGAAGAUGCAAAACAGCGCUCACAGUUCAAGAUUCAAGAUGCUUUAUUGUUGUCCAUUCUUUAACAUGUACAAGACACAAAAACUGAAAUUUCAUUUUCGGCACAGUCCCACUAAGAGCAGACAUACGUUGCAAGGGGACAAGACGGGACCGCCAAUGGAUCAGCCACUUACGGCGCUACUUAAAAAAGAGGGGGGAAAGGUGACAUUGGGAAAGGGGGAAGAGUAAAAAAAAAUAUCAGUCUAAGGCUGGACCCUCAGGAGGGGUCCAGACUGAGUCAGAGGAAAAAAACUCACAUAGCAUGGCACACAUAAACAUGAUACGUGUAAUCACAACAACUCGCAACAGGGGGGGUUUGGGGCCCUGGAGGCCAGCUGCCGCUAUAAAGCGCUACUCAGCCAUCCACAACCCCGGAGGAAUUAAGCAGUGGUGAAGGCGUUGAUUGGGGGAGGGGCGGGUGCGUGCAUGUAUGCCCAAUUAACUUGGGUGAGAUGUUGAAAUGUUUUUGUGGACUGGGGCCGAUCUCAAAGUUCGACACCAGGUGUUGUUGAAAAAAAGGAAGGUCAAAAGCGUCCAUCGUUGAGGAGUCCUUUGUUGUGUUUUAGUCUUGAUAAAUCACACUGUAUGUGCUGAAUAUUUAUAUUUGCAUUUUCUCCUCCCAGUAUUGUGGGAGUUCUGAUUAUCAACAUAUAUUCUGCAUAUUCAUAAAGACAGAGUAAAUAGAUUGCACUCCUUAUUUUGCUCACAUAAGAGAGACACACUCAUCUGUACACAAGUUUAGUAGAUCAGCUUUGCGUGUGCUAUCAAGUUUGCACAUGUUUUAAUACACCCAAACCAUUAGUAGAUCAGGCCAUUUCUUUUAUUCUUCUUAAGACAGGACAGGAAAUAGUUCAUGAGAAUAAUCCUAUUUACAUGAUGCAGAGGAACAAGUUUAAGUGGACUUAGGCAAACAAACUCAUCAAGUCCUGUUCCUGCUUAGGUCGACAUUGAUAUACAUUGCCGACAUAAAAUCUUGGAGCUAAAUUAGUGAAUUCUAUGGCAAAUUGUCUGUUAAUGUCGACGUGUGUUGUAGUAUUGUUAACAUUGUUGUCUUUAUUUAUUGUGUAUUUUUGCAAAGCAGAUGGGUGGUUGUUACUUUCGAAGUUCUUUCACAGCAAAUGUGCAAGCUCAUACUCAUUAUUGACCUAAACAGGCCACGUUGUACAAUCUGUGCAUGUUUUAUUUGUAUUUACCAGCAUGGAGACGCUAUUGAAGACAAAUGUCAUGGUCUCAUUUAAGCGUCUCUGAAAAGGUUAGUUUAAAGUGUGUGAUGUUACUGAGAGCACAAUGUGUGCGCGUGUCAGUGUCAGUCUCAUAGUAACUUAGUCUAGAGUUGUACUUAGCGAGGCAUAAAUGCAUGUGCAUGCAAUCUUAGGGAUGGUAGCUUGUGGCUAGUGUAGCGUUACGGUGUUACUAGUUAUAUAGAGCCAUGAAUGCAUGGAUACCAUCAAGAACUUCAGUGCAUGCUAGAAAAUCUGUUUUGGUCUCUAACAUGACAAUCACAUUCUGAUCCAAACCAAACAAGACCAACAGGACUGGAGUCGGGCUAGGCCACUCCAACUCUUGCUCUCUUUGCUCUGUGGCCACCAAAGAAAUAUACACUAACCUGUCUUAGAUGUAAACAAGCUAAACAUAAUCUCAAAAUGCUGUGGUACCUCUGACUUACAGGGUUUUUUUUGGGAUAUGAGCUGUCUCUCAGCUAAUUACACUUUAGGUUGCUUACAAACAUGUGGGUUACAAGCAUACCUCUCAAUAGUUUACGUAGCGAAUGCCACAGUGAACCUUGUAAUAUCCAAUUAAACUUGUAUCCCAAGGUACCACUGUAUUGCAGUACCAUAGAAUAAUAAUAUUAAAAAUGAUAAAUAAUAAGCUAAUUUGUAACCAACAACAACAACAACACAAAGCUGAGAUGCAGGCUGUUUUACAAAUCACUUAAUACCUAAGUGUCAAAGUCAAGGCCCCUAGGCCUUGAAUUAUCUAUGAUAUUUGGAUAGUAUUAGAACCGGCCUGCAGGCCACAGCCGCCUGCUGCUGUUUUGCACGCACCAAUACUCCACCAGUGUUAGCGCUAAGAAUUUUCAAAAUGAUGGUCCCUGGGACCCCAUCAAGUCAUAAAAAUGGGGUCCCACAGUAAAUGUUUGGGGUCAAACUUUUUUGUAACUGUUUUGAAAACAAAUGAUAAAUGUAUGCAUUAUCCUGUUAUAUCUCACAUUCUAUAUUGUGUUUUGGAAAAAGGUUGUCAUGAACGUUAAUUCAUAAAAAUAAAAAAAAAUAAACAAUACAAAAUAAAACAAAUGUAUUCAGUUUAAACAUUCAUUCACUUUCUUCUUUCCUUCAUGGAUCUAAACUUUUUUUUCUAGAUUUUUAUUGUAAUAUUUUCAGAAGGUGUAUGUUCUAUUUUUAGCCAAAGUAAGACAAAGAAAACUAUCUGAAGUUGUCUUCAUUUCUUAGUUAUAAUGCCAUGAUUUUGAUAGUCCGGCCGGAAUGUGCACAGAUUUUCCCCCAUGCGGCCCCUGAGCUAAGAUGAGUUUGACACCCCUGACUUAAUACUUUAUCUCUAUUGAUUAGCCUUUUUAUAAAAUGGAAACACGUUGUAAUAGCCUUUGAUUGUUGGACACCCCACUAUACAUAGUCAUACUCAUUAGUCAAUAGAAUAGUGUUUGUUUGGAUGUUUGAAGUUUUAGCUGUGUGCUGUUGCCUGCUCUCAUACUGUACGACGAUGUUAGGUGUUUCCGGGUGAAGAAUGUUAAUUGCCAUAGUAACUGUCUCCUGGAACAAAACCCUGAGCUUUCAUGCCAGCAGGGGACAUAGCAUUCACUUGCUGAGGUGUGCACAUCCCUGAGGUGGCCUGGGAGAGGCGGGGCUGUUUUGGAGCCAUUUAGGCACCAAGCUCAGAAUGUAGGCCAAACCCCAGCCAUCUUGAAAAAAAAAAAGAUUUCCCUAAAUAAAAAAAGGUGCCCCGACUCUCACAGGCGAACCCGGUUGCAUCCUAAAGGGCUAUCAACUGAAGUCACUAUUAUACAAAUGUUUGUGGUCCUGACCGGACAGGACCGAGACACAGAAUGUGGUUUUGUGAGGGGCAGGUGGCUCAGGUUGUACGGUGGUCUUCUCCCAACCUGUGGUUGUAGUUUCUUGUAGUCUUGUCUUUAACCGUUUCCGUAUUUCACCGGUUAGGCCAAGUGUUCCCAAACAGGAUUCUACCUUGCACUAUUGGCUGCACCGUAUUUGUUUAGCUUGUAGACGUUUGACGUCUUUGAAUGUGUACAUUGUGGAAUAUCAGUAAGAUUUUGUACCAAAAAAUGAAUACAUGUACGUUUGCCAUUUAAUGCUGAAGCUGUUACAUUGUCACAUUUUUUAUUUUUUUUUAGAACAAUACGAGUGUAACGGAGGCCAGGCAGGGAGGAUGUGCCAAGUGUAUGUUGGUAAACCUCAGUCCCUAACACCUUAACAGCACAAGGACAUCGAGUCGACAGUUAAGCUUGGUACCUUGUGCUCGUGACUUUCAUUCGGUGGACUCAGGUUCAAGCCCUGGUGGAACACAAGCAGAGGCUGGACCAAGCGGGUUACCGUUACCGUGGUGCCGUGACCCGGAUGAGAGUGAGGUUUAGGGAGGGUGAGUAUAACAGAGGUCAGCCAGUGCGGAUGUGCCAGGUCUGCAGUGGGGAAUCACUCUCACUUGCACCUUCAGCUUGGUGUCUCCUGCUCUUGACUUUCAUUUGGAGGAUUCAGGUUUAAACCCCAGGUGGAACCAAAGCAGUGGCUGGUUAUAUUGGUGCUGUGACCCAGAUGAGAGUGAGGUUUAGGGAUGUUAGUGUAACGGAGGCCAGUCAGUGCAGCUGUUGCAGGUGUUUGUUGGUUGUUAAACGUCACUCCUUAACACCUUAAGAGCAUGCGCUGGACAUCGAGUUGACAGCUCUGACUUUAAGCUUGGUGCCUUGUGCUCUUGAGUCUCAUUCGGUGGACCCAGGCUCAAGCCCUAGGUGAAACAAAAGCAGAGGCUGCUUCAAAUCGUGACCUGGAUGAGAGUGAGGUUUUGGGAGGGUGAGUAUAAUAGAGGCCAGCCAGCGCGGAUGUGCCAGGUCUGUAGUGGGGAAUCACUCUCACUUGCACCUUAAGAGCCUGCGCUGGGCACCGAGUCGACAGCUUGGUGUCUCGCGCUCUUGACUUUCAUUUGAAGGAAUCCGGUUUAAACCCCAGGUGGAACCAUAGUAGUGGCUGGUUAUAUUGGUGCCGUGACUCUGAUGAGAGUGAGGUCUAGGGAUGUUAGUGUAACGGAGGCCAGUCAGUACAGCUGUUGCAGGCGUUUGUUGGUUGGUAAACAUCACUCCUUAACACCUUAAGAGCUUGCUGUGGACAUCGUGUCAAAAGCUCAGCUUUUAAAAUUGGCGAUUAGCGCUCUCAAUACUAGUUCAGACGAUCCAGGUUGGGGUUGGACCGAGCGGGUUAUACAAGUAGUGUGAAAAAGAUUCAUUCAUGUGGAAAAGAGGAGUUAGAUGGAAGAUAAACACGCAACUAUUUGAAUCCCAAACUGCCCGGAGGUGGGGGUCUCCUAAAUGUGUUUUAUCCCUUGUUUAAAGUUCUGUUCAAUACGUCACCCUCGACCUUACACUCCCAGAACCUGCACUUUACGUUCCCCCGACACCUGAGCCAACAUCCAUGAUUAGUACCCCGGAUCAUGAGAGCCAAACUCCAGAUGUAAAAGUGGUGAUGUUCUGUGAAUGACUUUUACUGUUUACACCUCCGUCAUCCUUGCACUUUUAUUAUUCGUACUCCACCAAUAGUGCAAUCUAGUCUUUUUAAUGCUAUCAAUAAGGUAUAAACUCAUAUUAGUAACGUGAUAGUGUUCAUGUGUAUUGAAAUAUUUGUUCAUGUGGAUUAAUGUUACGGUUCUUCUUACUGCCAUUUGUAUUGAGCAAUAAGUAUAUUUUUGUGAUUCUGUCUUCCCUUUGAGUUUGUUACUAUUCACAGUAGACAGAUGUUUUCCUGCUUAGUUGUCACAUGUGAUAUCAAGUUGAAAUACGUUUUAUAUAAAUAUACACACAUGUACAACAUUAUAUGUCACUGUCUAUGUGCUGAUCAGGUAACAAGUGAUGAAUAAAGACUUCCUGCGAUCGCA